AAAAAAAAAUUGUGAGAAAAAUUGGGUAUUCACAGGAACGUAACAAUAGAUGUGAUGUCAACUAAGGAAGAAGAAAAAUGCGAUGAGCUACAUCGAGCAUUAUUAGAGUGCCACCGUCGUAUACCGCCAGGUCUCGGUCGUAACUCCGCCUGUCGUCACCUCAACCACGCCUUCGCCGUCUGCCUUGUCUCUCUCGCCUGCCCUGAACAAUCUGAGGCGGUGCGUACUCUCUGCUCCAGCGCCGGUACCGCUCUCAAACGCCGGCAAUGUCAACAGGCUCAGAUUUCUCUCUCCCUCUGCCUCGAUUCUCAUUCAGAACCCUAACCUUUGCUUAUAUCUUCUUCUGGAUCCAUCAAAGCUAAACAGAAAUUCAGCAAAAAAAUAGUGUGGUCAUGCUUUAGAAGGUUUACUUCAACAUGAGAACUGUUGUCCCUAUUAAGCCAUGCCAAGAUGAGAACUAUUGUCUCCUUUACUGUCUGUUGGUGAUCCACUCUAGUUUUUGGCUCAUUUUUUUGCCAAUGACCUUGAGAGCUAUGGGUACACCAAAAUAUAGAUUCCAGCACCCUUCAUCUGCCGUAGGUACGAUAAAAGCUUACAGAGUAUAUACAUCACAUUAUCUCCAUUCAAAGCAUGUGGUAGCCUGACAUGUAUUAUCUGUAGAGGAAUUAUAAUUUUUAAUUUUGUAAAAUACAAAAUGUCAGCAGUAUUUGUAACCCUGACUCAGGUUUAUAAUGCUAGGAUAUGUAACUUGUAGUAAUAUUUGUAAUAAAAAAAAACGGUACUUCUGGGUGGAAAUGUAUCAUUGCUGUGUUGUGUUGAGA